CCGUCUGGCUGCCUGGGGUUGGAUCCAGCUGUAAGGCAAUCUCCUUGGACUUGAGGAGGGGGAAGGAAGACAAGACCGGGGAGUUUACUGACUGCUCUCCUUCCAGCAGCCCAGCCAGGCACUGGGGCAAACAGGGACUAAACCAGAGCCUGGGGACUUCCAGCAGCCCAAAGAGAGAGAGAAAAAAAGGGACUGAUCAGCUUGCUAAACUCCCCACCGCCCUCCCUUCUUUUUUCCAGCCUGGGACUGAUACGAAGUAACUCUCUUCCUCCGCCACCGAUCAGAUCCUGCCCUGCUCCCUGCCAUGUCCCCGCAGCCGGUGCCCUGUGCCACCGAGUGAGCCCAGAUUCUGCCUGGAGCACCUCCAUGUACAGCUUGAUGGGUCUGAACGGUACCAGCACCACCACCCACUCCAAUGUCUCCUGCACAUGCAACUGUAAAAGGUCUUUAUUCCAGAGCAUGGAGAUCACGGAGCUGGAGUUCGUUCAGAUAAUCAUCAUUGUGGUGGUCAUGAUGGUUAUGGUCGUGGUAAUAACAUGUCUCCUAAACCACUACAAGCUUUCAGCACGAUCGUUCAUUCACCGACACAGCCAAGGGAGGAGGCGAGAAGAGAACCUGUCUUCGGAAGGAAGCCUGUGGCCUUCGGACAGCACAGUUUCGGGAAACGGUGUAGCAGAGCCUCACAUUUACACCCCCAGACCCUCGGACAGACUCAGCAUCCCGCCCUUCCUCCAGCGAGAUCGCUUCAGCCGUUUCCAGCCCACCUACCCGUACAUCCAGCACGAGAUUGACCUCCCGCCUACCAUCUCCCUAUCGGAUGGCGAGGAGCCACCGCCUUACCAGGGGCCCUGCACGUUACAGCUCCGCGACCCCGAGCAGCAGAUGGAACUAAACCGAGAAUCCGUGCGGGCGCCUCCCAACCGAACAAUCUUCGACAGUGACUUAAUCGACAGCUCCGUCUACGGGGGCCCCUGUCCGCCCAGCAGCAACUCUGGAGUGAGCGCCACUUCCUACGGCAGCAACGGCAGGAUGGAAGGCCCUCCCCCUACAUACAACGAGGUCAUAGGUCAUUACCCAGGAUCCUCUUUCUACCAGCACCAGCAGCAAAACAUGGGCACGCCCUCCAUAUUGGAACACAACAGACUACAUUUGCAAAGCAAUGGUCACGACAGCACAGCAACAAGGAGCAAAGAUAAGGACAAACAGAAAGGACAGCCGUUUUAGAAAAAAAUUAAAGACCGAACGUAGAAAAGGAAAAAAAAAAAUUCAAUAAACACUGCACUUCUAGCUGGUCCGUUUCGUUGUCAGUUCGGUCCUCAAUACCACUUCGUUGUGCGUAUGUCUGGCAACUUUUUGGGCACCAGAAAAAAAAAAAAAA